GUGGCUCAAAAAUCUAAUAUUUCUCCCUGGAACUAGACCUAGACACAGGCGCACAGUAAAUCUUCUCUAUAAACACAAACCACAGUCAUUUGCUUAUCCCAGUUUGUUUUAGCUGUGACUGCAACAUCCACAAAUAUAUAGAAGCAUCUCUCAGUUGAGUUGAACUAGUGCUGUUCAGUAGGCUAGCUGUCAAACAUUUUGCGUGCCGGGUGGUCGAUAUUAGACCAAGAAGAAACACUUCGAAUUGCGUGGAAGCCCAAAGGAGAAAAGAUGCUACCGACUCGUGUGGGAAUCACCGGGCUGACAGCAUGUUGCCUGGUGUUGCUUUCCCACUGUUUUGCUCCUACAGAUGCUGCGUAUACAUGUGGGACAAGUCAGUUCAGGUGUGGCAACGGGAAAUGUAUCACCAGCCGGUGGGUGUGUGACGGAGGUGAUGACUGUGGUGACGGAACUGACGAGCUGCCAGCCGCCUGUGAGGCUAAGACCUGCCUGCCCACUGAGUUCAGCUGCGGAGGCCCACUGAACAAGUGUAUCUCCGGAACGUGGCACUGUGAUGGCAAAGCUGACUGUGACAAUGGAGCUGAUGAGAAGGGCUGUGCCGCAAAGAACUGCACCGACAACGAGUUUCGCUGCUCCAACGGUCAGUGCAUCGCCGUCUCCUUCGUGUGCGACAAGGACAACGACUGUUCCGAUGGUUCUGACGAGACUUCCUGUCCCACCGCCACCUGCGGUCCCAACGCCUUCCAGUGUAACAACACUGUGUGUGUCCCGCGUCUCUGGGCCUGCGACGGCGACGCCGAUUGUGCCGACGGUUCAGACGAGUGGCCCCAGAACUGUGGCGGGAGGGACACCAAACCGACAACAAAGCCCUGUGGGCCACAUGAAUUCCACUGUGGGAGUGGGGAGUGUAUCCAUAGGAGUUGGAGCUGUGAUGGAGGCAAGGACUGUCUGGAUAAUUCAGAUGAAACCAACUGCAGUCGGCCCACUUGCCAGCCAGAUGAGUUUCAGUGUAAUGAUGGCUCCUGUAUCCAUGGUAGCCGUCAGUGUGACCGCCAGUUUGACUGCAGGGAUCUGAGUGAUGAGAUGGACUGCAAGAGCGUGGAUGCGUGUGAGGGCCCGAAUAGCUUCAGGUGUAAGAGUGGGGAGUGCAUCACCGUGGACAAGGUGUGCAACGGGAAGAAAGACUGCCGAGACAUGUCCGACGAACCUAUCAGGGAGUGUGGCAACAACGAGUGUUUGACCAAUAACGGCGGUUGCUCUCACACCUGUACCGACCUGAAGAUUGGCUUCAAUUGCUCCUGUCCUGCUGGGUACAGUCUGGGGAAGGACAACAGGAAAUGUGAAGACAUUGAUGAGUGUGCUGACCCAGACACCUGUACCCAGAUCUGUGUGAACGUCCUGGGAAGUUACAAGUGUGAGUGUGAGGAGGGCUAUGAACUGGACCCCAAGACCAAGACCUGCAAGGCUGCCACAGGUACUGUCCCCUACCUGUUGUUCACCAACCGCCACGAGGUGAGGAAGAUGACUCUGGACCGUAGCGAGUACGUCCCUCUCAUCCCCAGACUGAAGAACGUGGUGGCCCUGGACAUGGACAUGCCUGGACACAAGAUCUUCUGGUCUGACCUGUACCACAGGAAGAUCUACAGCGCCGACAUGAACUUGGCAGGGAACUCCUCCCACCACAACGUGGUGAUUGACAGCCAGAUGGAGGUGCCGGAGUGCCUGGCCGUCGACUGGAUUCACGGUAACAUCUAUUGGACGGACAGUGUGCUCCAGACCAUCUCCGUGGCAACCACGGACGGAACACGGCGAAAGACACUGAUCGGCGAAGGACUGGAGAAACCAAGAAGCAUCGUGGUGGACCCAGCCAAUAACUUCAUGUACUGGACUGACUGGGGCAACGAGGCCAAGAUCGAGAAGAGUGGGCUGAACGGAGCCGACCGCGUCGCCUUGGUAACGGACAACAUCGUGUGGCCCAACGGCAUCACUCUUGACAUGGUUAACCAGCGUCUGUACUGGGUGGACUCUAAGAUGCACACCCUCUCCAGCAUCGGCGUAAACGGAGGAGGACGACACACACUCAUCUACAACGAGGACAAGCUGGCUCACCCCCUCUCUCUCGCCGUCUUCGAGGAGAAAGUAUUCUGGACCGACAUGGGUGAUAGAGCGGUCAUGAGCGCCAACCGCCUGACAGGAAAUGACAUCACUGUACUGGCGGAGGACCUAAUGCAGCCAGAGGACAUCAUUGUAUACCACAACCUCAAGCAGCCCAUCGGAAAGAACUGGUGCACAGAGAAAAACUUUGUGAAUGGAGGUUGUGAGUUCCUAUGUCUACCUGCUCCCCAGAUCAACCAACACUCCCCCAAAUACACCUGUGCCUGUCCUGAUCACAUGACCCUCGGCCUGGACAUGAGGAAGUGUGUGGCAGCUCCAACAACUCCCGCUCCUUCCACCACUCCCAAAACUGCAGCUCCCAGCCCUACCAGGGCCCCAACCAAACAGCCAGCUGGUCCCACUUCCACCACAACUACAACUACCACAACUACCUCCUCAGCCCGCCGGGCCCAGCCUCAGGACCCUGAUAGGUCCUCGACCACUCACAGUCCACAGGAAACUGCGGUCACAGGUCAAAGUGGCUAUGUUGCCAUGCCCAAAGUAGCUGAGGCAUCACACCAUACUGUGCUCUACAUUGUCUUACCUAUCAUGAUGAUGUGCCUGGUGCUGUUUGGUGCAGUGUUGCUAUGGAGACACUGGAGGCUGAAGAACACCAACACCAUCCACUUUGACAACCCUGUGUACCAGAAGACCACAGAGGACGAGUUGCACAUCUGUAGAAACCACAGCCAGGAUGGAUACACCUACCCACAGAGACAGAUGGUGAGCCUGGAAGAAGACCUGGCAUGACUAGUAGAAGAAGAAGAACAAGUGGAUAUGAAGAAUUGUAUUUAAAGAGAGAUUGUUGUUUGAAAAAGUGACAAACAUAAACCGAUGGAGGUCAUUUUAACCCUAAUGCUACUGACACGUCCUUUCCAAUCCUAUGAUGAUGACUUCAUCUCGAUGACCUAAGUUCCUGGCUUCCUGUUCCGAAGAUUCCGUUCCGACCUCAACACUGUGCUGCCAUCCAAGAUGAAGAAGAAGGAAAAAAGAAACUCAGAAAGAAUAACUUGGUUGCCAUGGAAACCCACCCCCAAAAACAAGGAAUGGAAGAAGAAGAAACAUAUACAAACGGAAUCACACAAAAAAUGACUUGGUAGCGUUGUGGUCUCGAACACAACCCUGAAGAGAAAAAAAACAUUUGGAGGCCAUUUUGUCAAACAUCGGAAGGACUUGAAAAUGAAAGACACAGUAAAUGCACAGUUGGACUGUAGUCGUCCGUUCUUUCAUAAUGUAAGAGUUCUUACCUAGGUGGCCUGGUCCCAAAUGUAUGUAUUUUAGGCUAACUCCUCGUCAGAGAGAAGAAUAAAUGUCUAAGCACAUAAUGUACAGAUUUGGUACCAGGCUAGGUCCUGGACCUCGGCUAUUUGACACAAGGAAGUUCAAAAUGACAACCAUCUAACACAGCUUCAUCUUUGUUUGUUUUUGUUACAUAUCACUUAGCAGCUCUUUUGUAAAUGAGUGUACAUUUGGCUACUUACUGUAAAAUAGGCAAACUUUUGUUCCAAUGUUGCAUAAGAUUGUGCAUAGCACUGUACAGAAGACGUCCUACACUUCCAACCCAUUUGAUUCUUGAGUUCAGUUGGAUCCCACUUCCUUUGUCAGCCUGACGAAAGCACUAGAAAACACAAUUAGCACAACAUGAAGGAUGUGUUGAAGAUUGUGGGUUUAAAACAGGCUGCAGUCAAAAAGCUGUCUUGUCAUAUCUUUUGAAGGUCGAAAACGGUACCUAGUUUGUAUGUUUAUGGUGUACUUAACAAUGGACAUUGAGACCUCUGGAUGGCCUUACCAUCUGACAUUGACACAUGCACGUGCCUAGUCACUUAGCACCAAACAUCACCACAUCUUAAAGUGGAGACUUUCCCAGGGGGGACAUUGAACUAUGGUGUGACACUACUCUGAGGUGAAACGUGUGAGUUGUCGGCCCUAGUCUGAGUUGAAACGUGUGAGUCGUCGGCACUAAUCAGAGCUGAAACUUUUGAGUUGUCAUUGGUCUCUUUACAUAUUGGUGCCUUUGCCAUCAUCAAUGCAAGCAUUUCUAUACUCACUCCAGCAAUGUGUGUAAUGUCUAGUGACGUACAUGUUCUUACGGUAUGUGGUAUACAGUGUCUAGAAGAGCCCAAAUGCCUUAUGACCUCCUUUCACUAUAGUCAACUAUAGCUGACAUGAUAGUUAUCUUGCCUUGGCACGUGCAGCAGAGAUGGUCUCUUGGUAAAUAUGAUCUUAUAGCCCCUGUCAACUGUUGCCUUACACAAGUUAGUGAGUUGAGUUGUUGCCUUAUUGCCAUCUAUCUGGUUAUGGCUUUACACGUCUUGUGCAUUUUUGAUAUAUUCCAAUUUGUGCAUCAACAAGUUACAUCCAAAUCAAUAAAUCGAUGAGCAUUGUUUUUGUGGCCAAUUUUAAAGAUGGCUGAAUGCCUGUAGCUGAAGGCUAGUUGAAGGCCAGCAGCUGAAGGCUAGUUGAAGGCCAGCAGCUGAAGGCUAGUUGAAGGCCAGCAGCUGAAGGCUAGUUGAAGGCCAGCAGCUGAAGGCUAGUUGAAGGACAGCAGCUGAAGGCUAGUUGAAGGCCAGUAGCUGAAGGCUAGUUGAAGGCCAGUAGCUGAAGGCUAGUUGAAGGCCAGUAGCUGAAGGCUAGUUGAAGACCAGCUGAAUGCUAGUU